AAAACAUUUGCAGGAGAGGCACACAGAGAAGGGAGAGAGACCGAGUUGUACGCUAACGGAGAGAGGAGGAAGAAACUCUACAAAAGGCUCUUCGUGCCCCUCUCUAUUUCCCUCUGUCUAUCUCACAUGGAGACAGAGCAUCUCCAAUCUUUUGCUUUUGCCUGGAAAUUAGGGUUUGCUGGAGCAUUUAAUGGAGAGCGCUUGGGUUUGAGGAAAUUGUGGUGGAAAAGCUAGAAAGAGCAUUGAUAGUGAGAGGAAGAGAUAGGGUUACUAUUUGUACACCUCUGACUUUAUGGUGUUGGAUUGUUGGGAGCUUUUUAUCUAGUCUUAGUGUUCCUUUGUGUUUUGUUAAGUUUGACAGAAGUAUAAUACAUGAUAAGGAGAAGAAUUAUUGAAAAGGGCACAGAGAACAAACUUACCUGCCAUGUUUAUGUAUGCUAAUAUGAAAGGUGCCAGGGCGUUUAUCUGUAGCACUUGAAGUGAUUGGAAUUGUUUUAAGAAGGUGAAGAACCAUACAGAAGAGGUUCAGUAUUAGAGAGAGAAGGAGAUCAUCUAAACACAAACUCGUUUAAAUUAGUCUUGACAUUUCUCUAUGGUCAAGUAUUCAGCUUCUCAGUGGAGGAGGCUUGAUGGGGAACGAGGUUUCUAGUUCUAAGUCCAGCAUGGAUUUUUCGUUUGCAUUUGACCGAUGCAAGGUUCUCGGAUAGGGUUUUGAGGAUCGAAAUCAUGGAAGAUAAUGAACCUGGUCUCAAGAAUGAGAAACAAAGCAAGGCCAGGCAACAAAAUGAUGGAAAUGACAUGGAAAACAACAGUGUUCCAUCUUCGAGCAAAGAUUGUUCAACUGUUUUAAGAGUGAAAAGAGUACAUAUUGUAUCUGCCAUUUUGGUUGCAAGAAGUCCAUACUUUUACAAGAGGAGGAAGCUUUCAUGGACCUACUGAAGUUUAUGUACAGUGGGGCGAUGUCAACAAGUUCUCUGGAACUUCUAAUGAACUUGAUGGUGAUUGCCGACAAAUUUGAUGUUGUUUCAUGCAUUCACCAAUGUGGCCUAUUGCUGAGUAGUUUCCCGAUGACACCAGCACGUGCCUCACAGUAUUUAGAAUUUCCUUUUAAUACGUUAGAUGCAGUAAAACUUCUCAUAGAUGCUGCUAAGCAGUGCCUUGCAGAGCAUCAGUGCGAGUUUUUUCAGUACGCAUUCUCUCUUUCUUGCAUGCUUUCAUAAUUAAUUUCUACAUUAUUUGUUAAGUACGCAUUCUAUCGUUCUUGCAUGCUUUCAUAAUGAAUUUCUACAUUAUUUGUUUCCCCUUGCUUACCAUUGCUGAGCAUCAGUGUGAGUUUUUUAAGUACGCAUUCUCUUUUUUGCAUGCUUUCAUAAUUAAUUUCUACAUUGUUUGUUUCCCCUUGCUUACAAUUAAGAAAAGCUCAUUUCUUUCUUGAAAGCUUGAAUAUUUAAUUGAUUGUGAUAUUAAUAAUCAUGGUUAAUCUCCCUUUGUUACCAAUGAUUGGAACAUGUGCAUAAGCACACAAUAUAUUGUGACAUGGCGUAUGGUGAUAAUGAAAGUUCUUGUGGAGAUAAAUUCACAUCUGUUUUUCCCGGUAAUUAUGCAGUGGCUAAGGGUGGUAUCUGUGUCAACAAACUAGAUGUGGGACCUAUAGUGGGAAAGUAGGAUAUAGUGAGGUUAGGAGUCCUUAUGAAAGAUGGUUUAGGAUAUACCUGGUAUUGAAAGAAAGAUUUGAGAAUACGGGGUAUCUAUAACAACUAUUGUUGCUUCAAACAAUUUUGAAUGAUUUAGGUCCCAUUUGGAUGGCUUGAACAACUUUGACAAACCAUGUGAGUUAUCUAUAAAUGGGGGAAAAAUAUUUUUUUUUUUCAGUGUCAGAGGUGUUUGGUGGCGUUUGUUGAUAAGCGAGGUUACAACAAAAGUCCGUCACGUCUGAAUAGUGGAAUGGACCAAGCUGGGCCGCUUUUACUUCUACAUGGCUCGAGGAAAACACGGUUGCUGGUUAAAAUAUUUGGUCCAUCUAAAUGGGGCCUUAGGGGAUGGAGAAAUCUCUUACCCAAUCCAAUAAUCUUGUUGGAUACCAUAUGAAGUUUCCAAAACCCAAACCAAAUUUUGAUUUUUGAAUAUUUUGUUAAGUGUUUGAUAAUUAAAAAAUAGGAAAAGUUGAACAAGCAUCAAGACAAUUUGAAAUAUAAAUUAUCAUACUCUGCGGUAUCCUAUAAAAUAUCAGAAGAAAGCAGUAUUUUUUAAGUGUAUGUAGUGAAUAUCUCUUGAAAAGUCCUUGAGGUUCCAGGAUUCCCCUAAAUCAAUGAAACUCAGUUUGGAGUGCUUGCACAACAACUGGGCUUGUGGAUGCGGUUCUGUAAAAACCCGAUUCUCUAGAAUAAUUCUUGUUUAAUCUAGCAUCUGGACAUGAUCUGACCUGGAUUUUCUGCAAUCAAUGUAUAUUGAAGAUUUCUGUUUUCCUUGAGUACUCACUGGGAUGCUACAAUUGAGAAUGUGCAACAUGUGAAAGGAUUGAGUGGUAUGUUCAUUCACUGCAUUAAGUACUAAGAUUGAUUCCAAUAUCAUAGAUGGAACAGGUGCAGUCUGUAUUAACAAAGAAACUCACUACAUCUCGUCAGAAAUGAACUUGAAGGCACAUCUAUGUAUGUGUCAUUAUCUAAGGCUUAUUUUAUUCAUGAAGAAUUCCAUAAUUGUUGGGCCAGAUUCAUGUGAUGAUUUGAAAGAAUGGUAUCUAUCUAGUACAUAUUAUUGCCUUAUGACUUGCCGUCAUUUUCUCAUUAUGAGUAAGAUUAUAUUUCUUUCUUAGCCUUUUGACUAAGAUCAAGUGUAUGAUCAUAUUGUCAUUCACCUGCUUCUGAUUUAGGGAGGUCUUCUGUGACAUCUAAUGUGUUAGCAUAUGGUCCUUUUGUGCAUUAUGGUGACGUGAGUUUGAUGGAUGUCACCAAGUAUGGAAGCUUCUUGUGAGUGUUGGCCUUCACCAGUUUCCUUUCAAAGGCCAGGCAUUGUGUGCUACUGGAUUUGGUCUUAUGAUUAUUUGUUCAACAGGGUCCCACUAUUGGAUUAUUGUCUCCUCUAGUGCUGUUGAUGGCUACUGGAUACUGUUAGUGACAUGGUACAACGAUGAGGAGUUGAUCUCCCUACCUCUACUGGCUAUUGAGCAGUUGUUAUUGAGUAAGAAGCUACUAUUGCAAUCAGAGGACGAGGUGUUUAACUUUGCCCUGAAGUGGGCACGUGCUAAAUACCCCAAGCUUCAGGAGCGAUGUGAUAUCCUAUGCUCAAAACACAUCCCCCUCAUCCGAUUCCCUUACAUGACAACCCACAUGCUCAAAGAAAUUCUUAAAUGCGAAGAUUUGGAAUAUGGCCUCAUCUCAAAGGUGGUGUUGGAUGCCUUUUUAUUUAAGGCCGAGGCCCCGAAAAAACAGCAGGCUCUUAUGGCUGAGCGCACGUACAAAUUCCACCAUGUGAAGGUGUUGGACUGGGAGACACCCCACAAUGAAUGCAUCGUCUUGUUUGAUCUGCGCCGGGAGGAAUGUGCUUCCCUAUUUCCAAAGGGAAGCAUAUAUUCAGACUGGUUCCAUCUAAGGGCUCAUAAGUUCUACCUUUCCGCAGAAUGCAAGGAUCAGGGGAAUAGCUCCGAAUUCUUUGGUCUCCACUUGGGGUUUGAAGGCAUAGAGAGCGUUAAAGUUAAGUUCAAGUUUGCUGGGCAGUUGGCAUCAAGGUAUUUAUCAUAUCCAGAUUUAUCAUUCACACACACCUUCACCAAGAAGGAGCUCUAUGGGUGGUCCAACGUCUUUAGCAUCUCAUGGUCCGAAUUUAUGAAGGAUAAUGGCCCCUACUUCAUUGAUGGCGUGGUUCAUUUGCGCUUCGAGGUUGCCAUUAUUCAGUGAACUUGCCAAGCUUGGAUGGCUCGCUUUUCUGCUUAUAGCUUAGCAGAUCCAGUCUCAUGCACUGUUUGAUCAAUGCGUGAAUGAGUGCAUAAGACGGUUUAAUUUGCGUUAUCAGGCUCUUGAUGAUAUGGUCCACAAGAGAGCUAGACAACUUUUAUAUUUGUCAUUUUAUGUGAACAGUUGAUGUUUGAUCAGCCAAAAGUUUGCCAGUGAAUGGCCGUUUUGCCUCGUUACUAACC